AGAUUUCCCGUGGGGCACCGCGCGGGCAACGAUGGCGGCGCGGCCUAGCGAAGGCGCGCGAUAGGCGAGGCCUCGGUUUGCUGACAGCAGCGUUAGUCAUCACAAGAGCUAAAACAACAAGAACAACAAUUACUAUUAUCAUCACUACAGCCACUACUUCUCGCUGAGAUGAAUCCUCCGAGCGUGCCACAGGAGCGGUUCGCGCCCGGGAACGGCGACUUCACGUUCGUGGCGUCGCCAGGGAACGAGGAUCUGAGUGGUAACAUAGCAGCGGAGGACGUGAAGGUGCAGUUUGGUGAGGACGUGAAGACUGACUCCACCGCUACGACCUUCCUGCGCAAGAAGGGCUAUGGCUGGCUCCUGGAGGUGGAGGAGGGUGAUGAACCAGAAGACAGCAAGCCGCUUCUGGAGGAGCUUGACAUCGACCUGAAGGAUAUCUAUUACAAACUACGAUGUGUCCUUAUGCCAUUGCCAGCACUUGGCUUUAAUCGCCAGGUCGUGCGAGACAAUCCUGACUUCUGGGGGCCACUGGCUGUGGUUCUCUUCUUUGCCAUGGUUUCUCUCUAUGGCCAAUUCAGGGUAGUUUCAUGGAUUAUAACAAUAUGGAUCUUUGGUUCCUUAACCAUCUUCCUGUUGGCCAGAGUUUUGGGUGGAGAGGUGUCCUAUGGGCAGGUUUUGGGAGUGAUUGGGUACUCUCUCCUGCCACUCGUAGUAAUCGUGCCUAUGCUGCUGGUGGUGACCUCUUUUGACUUUCUAUCUGUUCUUGUCAAGCUGUUUGGUGUUUUCUGGUCGGCAUACAGUGCUGCUUCACUUCUUGUUGGAGACGAGUUCAAGGCGAAGAAGCCUCUCCUCAUCUACCCCAUAUUUCUACUGUACAUUUACUUCCUGUCCCUCUACAGUGGGGCCUGAAAUGUGUAUAUUUCACAACAGAUGUUAAAAAAAAUUAAAUCAUGUAUGCCCUUGUUAUCAUGUAUGUCUUUGUUACAUGUAUGCCCUUGUUACAUUUAAUUCAGUAAAUAAAUAAGGUUUUAUGGCAAAGUUUGACAGAUGCUGCAAAUAAUUCUACCUCGGUUUUUGCAAAAUCCUCGCUUAUGGUUUUGAUCCUGAUAGGUUAACAUAAAUCUUUGACCAAAGGAAUCUGGAAAACCCAAGGUGGAAUUUAUCGCAGCCCCAAAACUCACACAAUCCGGGGUAUAGACAGUUAUUAAUAGCAGUAACAAAACACUUGUAUAUAAAAAGUACGUUUAAGUACUUUUUAUAUACGUUUAAAGGGGGAUAAUUGAAACUAAUGCAGACUAACUUGCUCUUAAGAAUAUGGGGACAACCAUUUUCUCUUGUAGUCCCAGAAAAACUGAAUGGAAAAUCUGUACUCAUUGGGAUUUACUCAUCCAAUACUCUAUGCAGAUAUCAUUCAGAAUGUUUCGUUCGCCAGGAUGUGUUACCAUCAUAAAUGAAUGACAUUCUCCCACCUUAUACAGAUAUGUGUAAAGAAGAUAUAUUUUCUAGUGCUCUACUCUUAAUAGUUCAUGGUGUAAUCCUUGUGGUGCUUUGGUUUUUGUUUGCUUAGAAGUGCUUUAAAAUUGUUGCAUGGGUAAAGCACAUUGCAGGUACAAUAUACAAAGGUAUACAAAUAAAAAUUUCUGUCACUUAUUUAAUUUAUGGGAUUAUUUUGGUAAAUGUGUUCACAUUAAUUGCAAAUGUUUAUGUUGUAGCAGCUUUUUAAACAAACACGUUUUAUUAGUAAAUAGGUUAAUAUCUUGGUUCACUGGGAUAUUUUAAAAAAUUCAGUCAUUUGAAAUAUACACCAACAUAACUAAUCUGUUGAGUUAUAGCUAAGGGCUGAAGAAAAAUAGUGCAAUACUGAAAGUACAACAUUAAAUUAGCAGGCAAAUUAUACAUUUUAUUUUUCAAUCGAAUAUUCUUUAACUUGUUUCUUUACUGUAACAUUGGUAUCAAUACUAUAAUUGCAUUUUGUGCAUCUGAGUCGGUUUUGCUUAACCCUAAAAUAUUGGUAUGUACAAUGUGAUUAGUGUAAAAGAUGAGAGUAAUGUUUAGUCAAAAGUACAGAAUAUUACUUUCGCCUUUUAUUAUAUGCAUUCAAUAUACUGUACUUUGCAAAUGUUAAAUGAUCAUUUUUAUUUCCAUUGAAUGGGACUCGGCAGGUUAAGAACCCAUGAAUUGUUUACAUAUGUAUACAGCGAGAUGCAUUUUGUAUAUGAUCCGUAAUGUUUAUAGUUGUUUUGGGUUUGUAUACAUAUACAUGUUUGUAUACAUAUGAAGAAUUCCUCCUUCUGAUUCCUUAUUUCAUUUUGGUGUAUUAAAACUAAUAAAGGAAUGGGAAAUAAACUCCAAA